AUGCUGUUCAACUUCCGGGACAUCCCAAGGCUAUUUACGUUCGUAUUCAACGACCAGCAGAUCGCUGCCGAAUGCCGGACGCUUGUGAGGGUGUUGUCUGAUCGAAGUUUCGAGGACAUCGAGUCAGAGCCGAACAUUCGCUUCCAAGUCGCCAAACACCACUCAGCAACGACGAGUGGCGGACGGUCUUCAGCUAGGGUCAUGACAAGCAGGGUGAUCGUCGAAAUGAUUCGCAUAUCAUUUGUUGGUUUAUUUUCAAAGUUUAUCAUAUACAUUAUGCCAUAA